AUGGCCACCACGAUAGCUAAAGCACCUGCGACACAUACGCAACCUUCCCGCAAAGGCAAGAAGGCAUGGCGAAAGAACGUCGACAUCAGCGAAGUCCAAAGCGGGUUGGAAAACGUCCGCGACGAGAUCAUCAAGAGUGGUGGCGUGAUUGCAGAGCAGCCAUCUGAUGCACUCUUCGCUACCGACCUGCUAGGUGACAGCGAGAUCGCUAGGAAACAGCAAGGGAGAAAGCUCCUCAAAGCCGACGAGAUUAUUGCGCAGAGAAGUGCAAUACCGGGACUCGAUGGCCGGAAGAGAAAGGCGGAAGAAAUUGCUGUACCGACUGCGGGCAAGAAGUACAAGCGUGGGGAUUAUGUCAGUCACAAGGAGCUGCAGAGACUGAAGAGUGUGGCGGAUAAUGCCCAAGGUGGCGUGAAGCUGGAUGAAAAAGCCGACCAUGAUCCCUGGGCGAAUAUCGUAGUGGAAAGGGAUUCUCGGCUAAACUACUUGGACGACGUACCCGCUACCAAACCCCCCGAAACGCUCAAACAAGCCCCGAUUUCCCUCUCCACAAACGGAAAACCCAUCCCCUCCGUCCGCCGCCCCGCAGCAGGCAAAUCAUACAACCCGCUCGUGACAGACUGGUCGCACCUCCUGGAAACAGAAGGUGCCGCGGCCGUGGAAGCAGAAAAAGCACGUCUAUCCCACGAAGCCGAAGUCGCGGACCGAGAAGCUCGCGCUCUUGCCGAAGCGGAGAAAGUGGAGAAAGCGGAUCGGGAUGAUUAUGGGACGGAUUAUGAGAGUGCGUGGGAGAGCGAAUGGGAGGGUUUUCGCAGUGGAGCCGAGGAGGAGGGGGUGGUGCACGUGGUUAAGCAGGCGAAGCGGAAGACACCUAGCGAGAGGAAUAAGAUCAAGGCGAGGAAGGAGAGGGAGGCGAGGGAGGUGUGGGAGAGGAAGCAGAAGGUUAGGGAGGAGCAGGAGAAGAGGAUCAAGCAGAUUGCCAAGGAGAUGUCUGCAAAGGACAAGGCGAGGAGGGGUGUAGUUACCACCACAAUCGACGACCUCGCAUCCGACUCCUCCGCAGACGACGGUCAGACGAUUACUCUGCAGCGCCGCCGUUUCGGCCAAGUCCCCGUCCCCGAAGCACCGCUCGAAGUCGUGCUGCCGGAUGAACUGGAGGAUUCGCUUCGGAGACUCAAGCCCGAGGGGAAUCUGUUGACGGAUCGGUAUAGGAAUCUGUUGGUGAAUGGGAAGGUCGAGGUGAGGAGGAAGCAGUGGCAGUAUAAGCAGGCGAAGACGGAGCGGACGGAGAAGUGGAGUUAUAAGGAUUGGGUGUUGAAGUAG